UUGAUUGAUAGCUAAUUGAUAUAAUCAGUCAAUUUAUUUUCAAUGAGCAUAAUGUCAGAAACGGUCGAUCUAUCUAUGCGUCAGAUAUGCGACCAAUUGGUACAACAAUUAUCGGAUAUGAUUCCUAUAUUUGCCCAUCAAAUACAAACAUUGAGACGUGUGUCCGAUGAGGACCGGGAGGUACAAAAACAGUACGAUUCGUUGAUAAUUAGAAAAAUUAAAGAAAAACAGUUGAACAACAAUAAAACAGUAGCUACUGGUGCUACAGGUGCUGAUGAAAAUGAUAGCGAACCGGAAGACACAGAGGCUUUGGCCGUUGAGCUGAUGGAUAUCGAUGUUCAUUACAGACAAAGUAUUGAACAAAUGGCCAAUAAUUAUGAUCUAAUGAAUGAACAAAAUGCUAAAGUUAUGGUUCUCUAUAAAGAAAGGGUUAGACUUACGGCUGAAAAAGAGGAUUUAGUAAGAAAGUUUGGCAAAGACUUAUCGGAUGUGACUCAGGAAGACUUAGACAACGAAUGGAAUCAAUUGAUUGAUAAUCUAAAGAAUAGAAUCAAUAAAUUACAGAAAAACAUGGAUGACGUCUGUGAAGACAUUGAUGAUGAACGACAAUCUAGCCAUCAGUUUGGAGAUAUUAUUGUCAAAAAUACUUGAUUUAAAUUUAAGU